AUGGCCACAACGACUUCCAUACCGACGUACACCAUUAUCCAAGCCGACGGCCUCUAUCCGGACGACGUGGUCGAGCAAAAAAUCUUGAACGAGGCCCCCACGCACGAAUACCGAGUGAGGUAUGUGCAGACUGACCUGUGGCCUCCGGGGACGGUGGACGCCAAACCCUGGUCGGCCAUCGAAAAAGCCCUAAGAGACGAAGUGGACGGCAUCAUGGUUUUGAAAAUGCGAUUUACGGCUGAAGACCUGGCUCUGUUUCCGAAACUGAAAGUGAUUGUACGCAUGGGUGUCGGCUAUGACAGAUUGGAUAGAGUGGCACUAGCGGCUCGAGGAGUCACUGUGUGCAAUGUUCCAGACUACGGUACGGCCGAGAUCGCCGACCACGCACUCGCGCUGGCGCUCUCCCUCCGCCGCGGGGUCCUUCUGCACCACGACCACCAGCGAGGCCCGCAGCCUUCGCCGUGGGCAUACAUCGAGUCGCCCCUCGUCGAGCGCAUCCAGAAAUCCACGUUCGGCAUACUGGGCCUGGGCCGCAUCGGCACGGCGGCCGCCCUCCGCGCCAAGGCGUUCGGGUGGAACGUCCUCUUCUACGACCCGUACAAGCCCAACGGGACCGACAAGGCGCUGGACGUCGAGCGGACCAAGGACAUCCGCGAGCUCUUCCGCCGCUCGACCACGCUGAGCAUCCACUGCCCCUGCACGCGCGAGACCCGCGGCAUGGUGGGCUACGACCUGCUCAGCCUGCUCCCGCGCGGCGCCGUCUUCGUCAACACGGCGAGAGGCGAGGUCGUGGACCUGGACGCGGUAGAGCGGUGUCUGAAGGAAGGCAUCAUCUCCGGCGCUGGCCUCGACGUGCUUCCCGAGGAACCCAUCCCGGAGCCGGCGCACCCUUUGAUUCAAGCCUACAGAAACAAGGAGGACUGGUUGACCGGACGUAAGUAG